UCACCCGCCGCGAUCCUCUCAUCCCCUUCCUCUUCCUCCCGGACUCCCGGUCUACCCCGACGCCGCGGCGCGGCUGCUUCCUCUCAUCGAUUCCGCCUCAGAUCGGGGAGGAAUCGCGGCGAGAUCGGCCGCUCCGAAUCCGAUCCGCGCACGUGGUCUCGCCGGCGGGGUCAGGUUGGUUCGCGGGAGCCGCCGCCGCCGCCGCCGACGACGACGAUGGCCAUGGAGACGCCGCCGCCGUUCCAGGAGUCCGCCCACUGCGACGUCUGCCGCUGCACCUUCACCACCUUCCGCCGCCGCCAUCACUGCCGCAACUGCGGGAGGACGCUCUGCCACGAGCACUCGUCGUACCAUAUGGCUCUCCCACAGUACGGGAUAUACACGGACGUCAGAGUCUGCUAUGAUUGCUUCAACAAAUCCUCCAGUCGUGGUGGUGUUGGCAAUGCCGGUUCACCUGGGAGUGUAUCUAGUGCAGCUGACUCCUUUUCAGGGUUAAACUUGGGGGAAGAUGAUGCUUCAUCACCUAUGAAAAAUUCAGCGUUUCACAGUGCACCUGCUGUUAUUGAGUGCAAAUGUGGAAUGCCUUUGUGUAUAUGCGAGGCUCCGAAACCAGAACCUGUGCCUGUAAAGCAGAGUAUCAGCACAACUUCCUCAAGUGCACAGUCGAAUCCUAGGCCAAAAAAAUCUUCUACCAAUCAACAAUCUGCUGAAUCAAGUGUCAAGAAGGCUUCGGCCACUUCAAGCAGCAACUCAAGCUCAUUCUUAAAUCUUGGCCUGAUGAGCAAUGAUACUAAUGAUAAGGGUCCUUCUGAAUAUGAUGUUACUGGGGAGGGACUGAGGGAAGCAAUUAAGAGUGGGGAUAUUAAAGCUGUCAAGAAACUUCUCAGCCAGGGAGUGGAUUCUAAUUACUGCGAUAAGCAAGGAUUUGCUUUGCUACAUUUGGCUGCACUAUUUAACCAGACAGAGAUUGCUCUUAUUCUCAUGGAUAAUGGAGCAAAUAUUCAGAGCAAAAAUGGACAAGGGGAAACUCCUUUGGAUUGUGCUCCAGCCAUGCUGCAAUACAAGAUGCGCCAGAGGAUGGAAGAACUUGCGGCAUCACAACGACCCUAGUGAUAUUUUUCUCCUCUUGUUCAUGUGCCAAAGAUGGUGCCCCCCCUUGCAUGGCCCAGAAUAAAACCAUUUUUACCAACCGAGGGGCCUCUUUGCUGUGGGUAUAGUAGUAUUUCUGUUGGCACCAUCGCCUACAAAAUGUCAAAACAACACCAGCUCAUAAACUGCAUGUUUCGCCAGCUAAAAAAAUAAUUCAUUGUGCUUAAUCUUGCCAUGUCAUCGUGCAUACAUAUGUUCAUGUAUAUGUAAUCAUAUGUCCUGGUUUAUUAUUAGCAUUGGUCUGAAGAAAA